UGAUGGGCGAGGAAGUCAAUCAAGUCAUCGUCAUUUUAAACUAUUAACAGUGAACGUAGCAGGAAACAAAUGCCCAAUCAAAGUUGUCGAAUACGCCUCACUCCACGGGGGGCACGUCCUGGAGCAUAAUGAAAGCUGUUUCGAAGUUGUGACCCAUCCGAUGACGUGGAAUGACGCAGAAUAUCACUGCAAAUCAAACGGAGGCCACCUUGCGUACAUCACCAGUCAGGUGGAAGAGGAUUUUAUUACGAACUUCCUGAACAAAGAAAGGCUAAAUCAGUAUAUCUGGAUCGGACUGUCAGACAAGGGUAAAGAGGGGAGUUGGUCCUGGACAUCGGGUUAUCCAUUCUCGUGGACAAAAUGGUUCCCCUUUAGAUACAAUUCAGACAAGCACAACUCGGAGGAUUGCGUUGCACUGGUUCCCGCGAUUGGCGUGAUAUUUGGUAUUCAUGCAAAUGGAGCAUGGGAUGAUCUGCAUUGCGAGGCGUUUAACCCAUCACUAUGUCGUUAUGAUGCCCAUCAGACAGCCGCUGCGCUUGUAAAUGACCUUCUUGGAUUGCUUUCUAAUCUGGGUCAUUCGAUAUUUGGAUAAAAACAUUAACUCCGAAAA